AGCGCCGCUGUUGGGUCUGUUUAUAUGGCUGCUGAGGGAGAUUCGGUUCCAGCUGCUAGCAAGUUAGCACCUUCUGCCGGACAGCUUUGAUUAAACUGCUGCUGGUAACAUCAAUGACAUUUGGCAGGUUGUUGUCGCCGGACAUUGCUGGAUAUCUGCGAGUUGGAUUCGAGAGACAUGGCUCCAUCAGUAUGCCUACAGGAGAUGAUCCGGGUGAUCCGCAGUGCUCGGACUCAGGGAGAGGAGAGGGGGGUCAUUCAGAGAGAAUGUGCUGCCAUUCGGGCGCAGUUUCGUCAAGCUGACAGCGGAGGGCGCUCUCACAACCUCGCCAAGCUCUUGUAUGUGCACAUGCUGGGCUACCCUGCACACUUCGGGCAGAUGGAGUGCGUCCGUAUGAUUGCUAGUCCCAGAUACAGUGAGAAACGCAUCGGCUACCUCGGGGCCAUGAUGCUUCUGGACGAGAAGCAGGAUGCCAGCUUGCUUAUCACCAACUCCAUCAAGAAUGACCUCUCUCAUAGCAGUCAGUACGUCCAGUCCCUGGCCCUGUGCACCCUGGCCUGCAUGGGCUCUGCAGAGAUGUGUCGAGACCUGGCACCUGAGAUCGAGCGCCUCCUCAAGGCCUCCAAUUCCUACAUCAAGAAGAAGGCAGCCUUGUGUGCAGUCCAUAUUGUGAGGAAAAUUCCUGAGCUAGGAGAGCUGUUCACUCCCUCAGCGCACUCCCUGCUGUCCGACAAGAACCACGGAGUUUUGCACGGCGCUGUGGUUUUAAUCACAGAGCUGUGUGAACGUAACCCUGACAACCUUGAUGAGUUCCGUAAGGCUGUUCCAGAGCUGGUCCAGAUAAUGAAAGGAUUGGUCACGUCAGGUUAUUCUCCAGAACACAACGUAGCUGGCAUCAGUGACCCUUUCCUGCAGGUUCGUGUUCUCAGGUUGUUGAGGAUUCUUGGCCGCAAUAACGAUGAAGCAAGUGAUGCUAUGAAUGACCUUCUUGCACAAGUGGCCACCAACACGGACAGCAGUAAGACUGCAGGCAGUGCUGUGCUGUACGAGACAGUGCUCACUAUCAUGGACAUCAAAUCAGAGAGUGGACUCAGGGUUCUUGCUGUGAAUAUUUUGGGGAGGUUUCUUCUAAAUAAUGAUAGGAAUAUCCGGUAUAUAUCAAUGACAUCACUCCAGAAGAUCGUUCAGACAGAUCACACUGCAGUGCAGCGGCACAGGGGCACCAUUGUGGACUGCUUGAAGGACCAGGAUGCCUCAGUAAAACGUCGUGCACUAGAGCUGUCGUUGGCUUUAGUCUCCGCUGCAAAUAUCCGCUCUAUGAUGAAGGAGCUCCUUCGAUUCCUCUCUAGCUGUCCCCCAGAGCUUAGAUCCCACACAACGUCUGGCAUCUUCAAUGCUGCUGAAAGGUAUGCUCCCUCUCAGCGCUGGCACAUUGACACCAUCCUGCAUGUCCUCAUCACGGCAGGGGGCGAUGUGAGAGAUGAGACCGUGCCGAACCUGAUUCAGCUCAUCAGUGUGGCAUCUGAACUGCACUGCUACACAGUUCAUAAACUCUACAGAGCGCUGAUCUCCGACAUCUCACAGCAAUCUCUGGUUCAGGUAGCCUGUUGGUGUAUAGGGGAGUACGGUGACCUACUGCUGAAAGGAGACUGUGAUGAGAUUGAGCCCAUGCAGGUAACAGAAGAUGAUGUCCUAGAUGUUUUGGAAACAGUCUUGCAGUCCCACAUGUCGUCCCCUACAUCCAGAGGGUUCGCUCUGACUGCUAUUAUGAAGCUGAGUACCCGCAUCACAAACAAUAUUGAUCGAAUCAGGAGUGUAGUCAGCAUCUACGGCAGCUGCAUUGAUGUGGAACUCCAACAAAGGGCAGUAGAGUACAACGCUCUCUUCAAGAAAUAUGACCACAUGAGGGCAGCCGUGUUGGAGAGGAUGCCCAUAAUGGAUAAGAAUUCGCCUGGUCACACUAACGGAGAUCCGAGUGGAGAGAUCACUAAAGAUUUGAACCAGUCUAAACCGAUCCAAGGAGUACUGAUCCAAGAGCCUGCAAGCCAGGUGUGUGAUCUUUUGGACUUGCUGGGUGAAACUAAGACGUCUCCCCAGGCCAACCAGAAUCAAGUCAAAACCACACCCAACUCGACCAGUUCAAGUGUACAAGAAAACUUGCUGGAUCUGCUGGGAGGACUGGAGCCCUCACCUGCUCCCAGUGUGACCGUAUAUGAGAAGGGAGGAUUGAGUCUGAAACUUCAGUGCGACAAACAGACAGAAACGGGCGUCACGGUCACCUUCACCGCCUCCAACUCCACUCAGAGUGACAUCAUCAGCUUCACUCUACAAGCAGCAGUACCUAAAAGCAUUCAGCUUCAGAUGAAGGCUCCAAGCGGUGAUGUGAUUCCAGCACAAGGCCGCGGUACCGUUACCCAGACCGUCUUACUCAACAACCCCAACAAGGCAAGCCUAAAGAUGCGGGUUCGGCUGUCCUACUCCAGUCAGGGCACGCUCUUCCAGGACACGGUACAGAUCGACUCCUUUCCAAGUCCGGCCUGGAACUGAGAGCUGCUGCAUGUUAAGGCACUGAUACAGUACUUUGUGAAGGGAGUCACAGUUCUUAACUUAUUGAGAAUUAUUCCUCAAUAAUUUGAUGUCCUGCGGUUUUAUAUUAUGUUUUUAUAUUACUUUAAAAGGAGUAAUGAAUACCUCUGAGAAGUGAGGACCACUUUUACAAGCAGUGCUAUGGAAGCCCAUUUCCGCCAGGUACAGGAGAAAGAAACUGGCUACAGUUCUGACAGCAGUUUAUCAAAAUAUUCAUUUAGUGUUUAGAAAAAAUGACUUAUUUUCUCAAAAUGUUGAGUAAAUAUCUGGAAAUAAUGACUUUGUCAAAAUAUUUAUCGAAAAUCUUGAAAUAUCGCAUUUCUUUCUCAA